AUGGGUCACGCUGCAGGUCUCCGGGCUGGUACGCGAUAUGCGUUCAGCCGCAACUUCCGCCAAAAGGGUAUGAUCCCUCUCGGCACAUACAUGAAGACCUACCGUGUCGGUGACAUUGUCGACAUCAAGGCCAACGGUGCCGUCCAGAAGGGUAUGCCGUACAAGGUUUACCACGGCAAGACGGGCGUCAUCUACAACGUCACCAAGUCGGCCGUCGGAGUCAUCAUCUACAAGAAGGUCGGCAACCGAUACCUGGAGAAGAGAGUCAACGUCCGUGUUGAGCACAUUGCCCACUCGAGAUCGAGAGAAGAGUUCUUGACCCGUGUCAAGACCAACGCCCAACGCCGUCGCGAAGCCAAGGAGAAGGGAGAGUCCGUCCAACUCAAGCGUCAGCCCGUCGGUCCCCGAAAAGCCCACACCGUCGACCUGACCGAAGUCGAGAGCCUUGCUCCUCAACCAUACGAUACCCACAUCUAA